ACUCUCGGUUGAGUUGCCACAUUAGUCAAAGCUACGCGGUGGCAUUUUUCCCCCAACCUCUCGGUUGUGGUGGGCGUCCCCUGUGAGCGGCGGUGUGUUGCACCUGCUGGCUCGGCAUGCAGCGUGCAAGCUCAGCCGCCAUCGUGGUCUUUUGCACCGGGCUUUGGGUUUCUCACCCUGCGCUGGUGCAGAGCCAGGAGUCCGGGGGACGCCCCAGGUCCGACUGUGAAGUAUGUAAAGAAUUCUUAAACCGAUUCUACAACUCCUUAAUUAUCAGUGAAGUUACCUUUACACCGGACACCAUAGAAAAAGAGUUGAUCAGCUUUUGCUUGGAUGCCAAAGGAAAAGAAAAUCGCCUGUGUUAUUAUCUAGGGGCCACGAAGGACGCAGCCACCAAGAUCCUAGGUGAAGUCACACGCCCCAUGAGUGUGCACAUGCCUGCGGGGAAGAUUUGUGAGAAGCUGAGGAAGGUGGACAGCCAGAUCUGUGAGCUGAAAUAUGAAAAGACUGUGGACUUGACGACAGUGGAUCUGUGGAAGAUGGGAGUGGUGGAGCUGAAGCGGAUUCUGCAUGGCUGGGGCGAAGAGUGCAGGGCCUGUGCGGAAAAAGCCGACUACGUGAAUCUGAUCAAAGAACUGGCCCCCAAAUACCAAGUGAUGUACCCCCAAACAGAGCUCUGACCUCACACACCAGCACACUGUGGCUUACAUGAGGGAGAAAAUGAUGCUCAAGGCUGUGGAACUGUUGUUUGAGGGCAACCUGGUAUCGCGUUGCGUUGGGUGUCAGACUGUCUUUAUGUAUUACCUCAGAAUGCCUUAAUUUAGGAAUUUUACUGGCAUCUCACAUUUGCAUUGAGCCAAAGCCUGCAAGUGCCUUUCUCCUGAUUCUCCUUACUGAGCUUCUAAAAUUGGGAAAACAGAACUGCUGAAUAUUAAUGAAAUAAGAGCACAGAGUGUGCCCACAGGGGUGUUUUUGUAUAUGAGUUUUAAAUCAAAUACAUUGAACUAGGCAAAAAGAAACAACAGCUUAGCUAACAUACAACUUCAACCCCAACAAUGGUCUAACAUAAUCAACUUUUUCUUUCUUGUUUGACUGUAAAAAGAUCCAUUCUGGGUCUCUUUGCUCUCUGAAUAGUAGGACAGGGUCAAUGGAAGUUAGGGUUUUCCUUUUCAAGAAAACCUGCUUGAAACUACUUAGAGAAACCGGAUCAAGCAUGUAUUCAAGGUUAGUGUAGCAACACUUGCAUUGCUCAGUGAACCAAGCUUAAGCUCUCCAUUAUUAUAUAGUAUUACACAAGGUGUUGGCAGAGGAUUAAAGUGUCUCAAAAACAUGCAGACAACAUGGAGAUUUGUGGGUUUUCAAUGCUAUUUCAUCAGUGUUAGCAUUAUUUUAUACUGUUUAUCUUUUAUUUAUUUAUUUUUUUUUUUUGCCAGUCCUAGGCCUUUGACUCAGGGCCUGAGCAC